AUGCCAACUUCACAUAUAAACUACUGCGAACGUCUAGUUUGUGGUCAACGCUAUUUAAAGGUACGGUACGAGCAAGUGGGCGCGCGUGGCAAUUCCCUGCUCCUGGGCAAGUCGAUCAAGCAGUGUAUAGCGCGGUGGUACGAGUGGCUCCAUCCGACCAUCAACCUGGCUGAGUGGAGUCGCGAAGAGGAAGAAAAGCUUCUGCAUCACGCCAAGCUUCAUGCCCUUGCAGUGGCAAGCGAUUGCGGAUAUUGUGGGGCGGGCACAGCAGCGCAGUGUCUAUACCACUAUGAGCGACUACUGGACGCAGCGCAGAAGAAGAACAGCGUAUCAGGGAAGACUAGCGUGGUCGGACCCCGUGACGUUGACGAAGACAAGAAGGAGGUGCUGUCGGACGCAGCGGGUGGUCGAUUGGCGAGCACAAAAUGGCAAAAAGACAAGAUGAAGAAUCAUGAGACGCGCACGAGGAAGCGCGAGGACUGA